AUGGCUGCGCCCCAAAAUGUCACUAUCGAACACCUCAACGGUAACUGGAUUUUGAACAAGGAACUAUCGAGCGAAACAGACCCUAUCUUGAAGCUACAAAAAGUGCCUUGGUUGAUACGAAAAGCAUUUGCAUUCGCAACGAUCUAUAUGAAAAUCCAGCAAUAUCCGAUCAAAGACUCGGAAGCCAGUCAGCCGUCAACAAAAAUUGACUGCAUACAAACAGCAACAGGAGGCCUGUCUGGAACCACAGAAGAGUAUGUCUUAGAUUGGGAACUAGCCAGUCACACAGACUACUUCUAUGGCACAGUACAGGGUCGAUGUCGAUUCAUCCAUGGUGCUACCGGCAAGGACGGAGUUAUACGGCCAGAAUUUGAGCUACAGACAGCUACACAAAGUGCAGAGAUAAAGCAAUUUUUGCGAGGGGAGAUUGAACUGGAUUGGACCAAGUCGCCGGGCUUUUUAGUCGAGACGCAAGAUGGGAUUUCGGACGAUAGGACUCCCGGUCUUUGGGUGCACACUUUUGUCCGCAAUGAAAAAUCAGGUUGGACGGCAGAGCAGGUUUGGGGGUUUGAAAUGAUUGGGGGAUCUCGCUAUUAUUCUCGUCGAGUAGUGAUCAUGACAACCAAAGGGCAGUUCAUUUGUGGGAGGAUUGUUUUCGAUUUUGUGGACUUUUGA